CAAACUCUAUGGUGGAAACAAAAUGAAGUUCCGCCUCACGCCGUCACACCUUCUACAUGUCACAAGUCGAAGUCGGCCAUAGUCUUUUCUAAAGUGCAUGGUGGUGUGAAAAUAUUUCAAAAUGCCACAGAACGAUUACAUUGAGAGGCAUCGUAAGCUCUACGGUCGUAGAUUGGAUUAUGAAGAACGAAAAAGGAAGAGGGAAGCUCGUGAGCCCCAUAAAAGGGCUAAGAUCGCAAAAAGUGUAAGAGGUAUAAAGGCAAAGCUGCUCAACAAACAGCGGCGCAAUGAAAAAAUACAAAUGAAAAAGAAAAUUCAGGCCCAUGAGGAAAAGAAAGUCAAGAAAACCAGCGAUAAGGUUGCCGAAGGUGCUGUGCCGGACUAUCUGCUUGACAGAGCAAAUCAGUCGCAGGCCAAGGUUUUAUCAAAUAUGAUAAAACAAAAAAGAAAGGAAAAGGCUGGUAAAUGGGAUGUACCGAUUCCUAAAGUCAGAGCCCAAAGUGACGCUGAGGUGUUCAAGGUCGUCAAAACUGGCAAGUCGAAAAGGAAAGCCUGGAAGAGAAUGGUGACGAAAGUUACCUUCGUUGGAGACAAUUUCACUAGGAAACCACCAAAGUUUGAAAGGUUCAUUAGGCCAAUGGCUCUUCGUCUAAAGAAGGCGCAUGUUACCCAUCCUGAAUUGAAAGCCACAUUCUGUCUGCCAAUUAUUGGGGUGAAAAAGAAUCCCAGUUCGGCUAUGUUCACUACCCUUGGAGUAAUAACCAAGGGUACUGUUAUAGAAGUCAAUAUCUCAGAAUUAGGUUUAGUGACUCAGACUGGUAAAGUUGUUUGGGGAAAAUAUGCUCAGGUUACGAACAAUCCAGAGAAUGAUGGAUGUAUCAAUGCUGUUUUAUUAGUUUGAUUUGUAUAUAUUUAUAAUAAAUAUUUUAGAUAAAA